AUGUCUCCUCCCGUUAAACUUCAUACCCGAAGACUCGGUAAAGACGGUCCCGAGGUAUCCGCCAUAGGCUUGGGGCUCAUGGGCCUUAGUGGCAUUUAUGGCUCAGUAGGUUCCCAAGAGGAGCGCCUCAAGUUUCUUGACCGUGCCUGGGAGAUAGGCGCCACCAACUGGGAUUCAUCGGACAUGUACGGUGACAGCGAGGACCUGUUGGGCAAAUGGUUCGCGCUACACCCUGAGCGGCGGAAAGACAUCUUCCUGGCCUCAAAGUUUGCUAUCAAAGGUAGCGUUGGACCUGAUGGUACCUUCUCUAUGUCGAUCAACUCGUCGCCUGGGUACGCUUGCGACGCAUGCGAGCGGAGCUUGAAGAGACUCGGGUUAGGUUGUAUCGACUUGUUUUAUGUUCACCGUAUGGACGGCGAAACCCCGAUUGAAAAGACCGUGGAGGAGCUAAUUAAAUACAUUGGCCUCUCUGAAUGCUCCUCUGACUCCCUACGCAGAGCGUACAAAGUGCAUCCAGUUCACGCUGUACAGGUCGAGUACAAUCCCUGGACUCUGGAUAUUGAAGGGCACUCGGGCACAUUUCUGUUGCAAACAGCGCGUGAGCUAGGCGUGGCUAUCGUGGCCUACUCUCCACUAGGCCGCGGUAUGCUGACAGGUCAAUACAAGUCAGUCGACAACUUUGACCCAGACGACUACAGGCGUGUGGUUCCGCGGUACCAGGGUGAGAACUUCACAAAUAAUCUGGAACUGGUUGAUAAAUUCCAGGAGAUGGCUGCUCAAAAGGGCUGCACCGCCGGUCAAUUGACCCUUGCUUGGCUGCUCUCUCUGGGAGACGACAUCAUCCCGAUUCCGGGAACGAAGAAGAUCGACUACCUGGAGGAGAACACUGGUGCUGUGGAUAUCCAGCUGACAGAUGAGGAAAGGAAGCAAUUGAGGGAUCUAGUGGACGCGGCUGAUGUUAGGGGAGACAGGGGCGCUGCGGACAGGGCCUUUGCAGAUACACCAGAACUGUGA